AUGACGAAAGCGCGCUACGACUUCAAGACACGUCCAGUCGCGCACCCGGACGCCAUCGUUGCGGGCGACAAGUACCGCUUUACCAUCCUCACAGAUGGCCUACUCCGCUUCGAGUGGGCUGAAGAUGGGCGAUUCGAAGACCGCGCAAGCACCUUUGCUAUCAACCGCAAACUAGCCGUGCCUGACUUUUACGUCUGGGACCGCGGCCACGGCAUCGAGAUCGUAACGAAGCGCUUCCACGUUGUGUACGAUAAGAAGAAGUUCAGUGCCGACGGUUUCAAGAUACAUCUCAAGGGCAAUGUGACGGGCACAUGGACAUAUGGACAGCAAAUCUCCAACUUGGGUGGGACAAACCGCACGUUGGACGGUGUAGAUGGCAGGACCAAUCUGGGUCCUGGUGUGCUGUCAAGAGAGGGCAUGGCACCAUUGGAUGACACCAAGUCCAUGCUCUUCGAAGACAAUGGGUGGAUUGCAGGACGCAGGGGUGGCGAUAGGUCCGAUCAAUACAUUUUCAUGUAUGGCCGCGACUAUCGGGAAGCCAUGCGCGCCUUCUACGCUGUGUCAGGAAGCCAGCCUCUCCUGCCACGAUACGCCAUGGGCAACUGGUGGAGUCGAUACCACGCAUACGACGAGAAGGAAUAUCUCGACCUGCACGAUCAUUUCGAUAGGGACGAUGUACCCAUGAAUGUGGCAGUUGUGGACAUGGACUGGCAUCUGGUAUGGGAUUUGCCUGGCGGUGUGAAUGGCUGGACUGGAUACACAUGGAACAAGAAACUCUUUCCCGACCCAGACGCUUUUAUGAAGAAACUGCACGAUCGUGGCAUGAAAUUGACGCUUAACCUACACCCAGCAGACGGCUUCAGGCCGCACGAAGAACAGUACCCCGAAGUCGCCAAAUAUCUUGGAAUCGACCCCCAAUCGAAGCAGACGAUUCCGUUCGACUGCACAGACAAGAAGUUCAUGGAUGCAUACUUCGACAUUGUACACCAUGAGCAUGAAGAGCGAGGUGUAGACUUCUGGUGGGUGGACUGGCAGCAAGGCAACACAUCCAAAAUCCCUGGAGUAGACCCUCUCUGGGUGCUCAACCACUUUCAUUUCCUCGAUAGUGGUCGUGGGUCUCAGCGCCCUCUCAUUCUCUCUCGAUUUGGCGGUCCGGGGGCACAGCGCUAUCAGAUCGGCUUUUCCGGUGACGCUAUCAUCACCUGGGACAGCCUGCACUUCCAGCCUGAGUUCACAGCAACUGCAUCGAACAUCGGGUAUGGCUGGUGGAGCAACGACAUCGGUGGCCACACGCAUGGAUACAAGAACGAUGAGCUAUACACACGCUGGGUACAACUAGGCUGCUGGUCACCCAUCUUGCGCCUGCACUCAGACAACAACCCAUUCAACACGCGCGAGCCGUGGCGCUUCAAUGAGGAGGCACGUGUUAUCGUGGAAGACACCCUGCGUUUCCGCCACCGCCUCAUCCCAUACCUGUACACGAUGAACGCGAGGAGUGCGUCUGAUGAUGAGCCACUCAUUCAGCCCAUGUACUGGGACUAUCCCGAGGCCGACGAGGCGUACAACGUGCCCAACCAAUUCCGCUUCGGCUCCGAAAUGAUUGUUGCACCCAUUACCCAGCCACGCGAUCAGACCACACAUCUCGGCGCAGAGAAGCUCUGGCUACCAGAAGGACGUUAUGUCGACAUCUUCACCGGCAUCGUAUACAACCGUGCCGGCGAACUCACCGUCCACCGCCCUCUACACUUCGUCCCUGUACUCGCAAAAGAAGGAUCCAUAAUCCCCCUCGACGCAGCCUACCGCCCCAAAUCCGGCUCUCCCAACCCAGAAGGUCUCGAGAUUUUACUAGCCGUAGGCGCAGACGGCUCCUUCACAAUCAUCGAAGAUGACGGUACCGGCCACCUUGUCGACGACGGCGGCUUCUCAAUCAUCUCCGACGAAGGCCACGAAGAAUCAGCUGACGACACCGUGAGCUUCGCACACACACCCAUUACCUACAAGCAAUCCACGGGUGUCAUUAAAAUUGGUCCUACUACACCUGAAAACCACGCCAUCCCCAAGAACCGUUGUUGGAAGGUCCGCUUACUGGCUCAUACGCCUAAGAAAGGCACGGAGAUACGCUGCGUCACUACCUCUCCUACUACGAAGAAACACGCGAAAUCCCUUUCGCACAAGGUCACUCAGGAAAGCAACGGUACGCUUAUCACGCUUGAUGCGGUGCCUACUUCGCAUACUAUUCAUAUCGAACUACUCUCUUCGUCGUCUCAUUCUUUAUCUUCGUCAUCGUCGACGGGUCCGCAACUCGAUGUUCUCGAUCCUAACCCCAAGAUUUGGGAUAUCAUCGACAAUGCCUGGAUUGAAAUGGAUAAGAAGUGGGACUACUGGAAUUGCGUUAACAACGGGGAGCCGGUGCUGAAUAAAGUGAGGGCGCUGCAGGGUAGAGGGAUGCACAGGGGGUUGUUGGACGCGAUACUGGAGUUGUUGCUUGCGGAUGGGAGGUAUGCUGGGGAAGAAACAGAUGAGUGGUGA